AUGCUACGCCGAUUUCCAUUGCGCGUACAACCACGCACACUCACACCACUUACACACAAUUUGGCCCUCCGUGGCAGCUUGGUUGCGUCUCGCUCAGCGCCUCCUCUCUCGCUGCUCAAACAACAGCCACUGUCCACGCCUGCAACCGCACUGAGGCUCUACUCCACCAACAGCACAGAGAAAGAGAAGAAGCAUAAGGACGAUAAGGACUCGAAAGCAAUCACCACUGAUCCUCUCUCCACGAGAGUUUGGUCGAAAGUUAAGCACGAAGCUCAGCAUUACUGGCAUGGCUCCAAGUUGUUAGCCAAGGAAAUCAGAAUUUCCGCUAGAUUGCAGAUUAGAUUGCUUAGGGGAAAGAAACUCACACGUAGAGAAAGACGCCAGUUGAAACGCACGACUUCAGACCUUCUCAGGUUAAUCCCAUUCGUACCAUUCGUUCUUAUCCCUUUCAUGGAACUCUUCCUCCCCGUUGCUCUCAAGCUCUUCCCUAAUAUGCUCCCAUCUACUUUCGAAGACAAGUUCGCUGCUGAUGAGAAGAAGAGGAAGUUGUUGAGAGUGCGUCUCGAAAUGGCAAAGUUCUUGCAGGAAACUAUCAAAGAGUCUGGUAUUAGAGCUUCUGAAUCCGUUACUGGUAGUGAUGAGUUUAAGGAGUUCUUUAGGAAGAUUAGAACUACCGGUGAACACCCUUCUCAUAGCGAUGUAGUAAAGGUAGCUAGACUGUUCAAUAACGAUCUCACCUUGGACAACCUCAGUCGACCACAGCUCGUCUCAAUGUGUCGUUACAUGAAUAUUAACGCUUUUGGUACCGACAACUACCUCAGAGGUCACAUUAGAAGGCGAUUAGAACACCUCAAGAGAGAUGAUGUUCUCAUUAAAUCUGAAAAUGUUGACUCACUUUCUACUUCAGAGUUGCAACAUGCUUGUCAAUCGAGAGGUAUCAGAGUUGCAACGCACUCAAAUGCAAGAUUACGUGAUGAUUUAAGUCAAUGGGUUGAGUUGCACACUACACAAGAAAUAUCUGGUGUUCUUUUGGUCCUAUCCAAGGCAUUCAACUUUGCUCAUUUAGAAGACUCUGUUAUCGCUUCUUUGGAAGCAACGCUCUGUAGUCUUCCAGAUGUUCUUCUCAAUGAAGCUGAAUUAGAAGUGAGUGACGAAGCAACGUACAAGCAGAAGCUGGAUGUGUUGCAAGAACAAGAAGAACUCAUUGAAGAUGAAGCUGAGCAAGAGCAGAAGGAAGUUGAAGCUAGACAGGCUCAAAAGGAAGCUGAGAAGGCUAAGAAAGGUGAGGAGUUAGAGAAAGCUAGAAAUCUCCUACCUGAUCAAGAAACCGAUAAACAACACGAGGAUGACAUUCGCAUGACGCCUGAACAGCUCGGGGAAUUGGGUCAGGCUCUUAACAUUCUUUCUGCUAAAUCAUCAGUUCUCAAGGAAAGAGUUGAGUUAGAAACCCUAGUUGAACAAACUCGCGACGCUGAAAGACAGGCUGAGGAAGCUCAAGCUGGUUUACCUCAAGAGGAGAAGAAGGUAGAUAAGACGAAUGAGAAUGUUAAGAAACAAGUCAAAUCCAUGAUCAAUAAGAUUGAUAGUCAAUUAUCAGAUUACGACGAAAAAGUCGGUACACAACUCAAUCUAAUUCAAGUGAACAACCUUGGUCAGAUUUCUAUUCACGAUUUGAAGCAAGCAUUGAGAGUGAUUAAGCACUCACCAGAUGAAGAACAUAUCGAUACAAUAGUGCACAAAUUAGACGUAGACAAGGAUGGACUCGUUAUGCUCGACGAUGUCGUUGAAUUGGCUCAAGAGGAAGGUCUUGGUACUGUGCUUGACGACUCUUCCCAAAAGAUUGUCGAUCAAGGUAGCGAAAUUAGAGGUAAUGACAAAAAUAAUGAGUCUUCAAAGAAGAUCAAGAAGGAGGAAAUUGUGCAGCAUUAA